CACAAGAAUUUCCUGAAGACUUUUUGAGGACAGGAAUAAGCUUUAUUGCUCACAAAGAUGCUUGUCAUUCAUACACUAUUGCUAAUCAUAAAGACCAACAACAGUCUCUUCAUAUUGCACUAGUGGUUGUUAAUA